AGGCAAGGAUACAAGAUGUAUAAGAGGUGGGCAGGCUCAGAGCGUUCCAAACCCCUCGGCAUCUCCACACUCCAGUCGCUGGUGAACUUGGUACACAUCCUGCCCAGAAUGUCUCAGCAGAAGCAGAAGCAGUGCUGCCCCCCCCCAGCAGUGCUGCCCCCCGCCCCAGCAGUGCUGCCCCCCACCCCAGCAGACCAAGCAGCCUUGCCAGCCUCCACCCAAGUGCAAGGAGCCCUGUGCCCCCAAGUGCCAGCUGAAGUGCCCACCCCCUCAGCAGUGCCAGAAGUCCAAGCAGAAGUAAGCCCCGGGCCUGUGACCAGAGGCCAAGCCCCCGGGGGAUCACAGCGCGUGGAGCCCGCUCCCCUCUCUAUGCAGCCGUGGGCCCCACUCACCACCGGCUUCUGCGUGCGGCCGCACUCCGGGGAAAGGCAGCACCCAGACGGCAGCUUCCUGGAUCGCUCCCUCUUGUUCAUCAGCAGCUGCAAUUUCCAUCUCAGACAAGGAUCUCAUUCUAAGCUACCUAAUUAUCUUUGCUGACGUGUAUCUACAUUACCCUGUCGACUUCUUGGAAACUUGGCCCUGUGCCUGGACACCCUUUCCUGUCAACCUUCAAUUCUGCUCCUAUUUUCCAAACAAUUAAACACAAUCCCUCUGGCA